AUGACAGGUAUUUGUUUACGUAUUCUCCAUGCAAGUUACACUUCCGGUUCACUUGUUCAGAACGAGGCUUCGGUCUUUUUUCCCUUCCGCUGGAUAGAGAUGACUAAGGGAACAUCCAGCUUUGGUAAACGUCAUAAUAAAACCCACACUGCCUGUCGGCGGUGUGGACGACGGUCUUACCAUAUCCAGAAGAAGACAUGUGCAGCUUGUGGAUAUCCCAGCCCCAAGAGGAGGCACUUUGAAUGGAGUGAGAAGGCCAAACGAAGGAGGACAACUGGUACAGGUAGAAUGAGGUACCUGAAAACAGUGCAAAGGAAAUUCAGGAAUGGAUUCAGAGAAGGAACAACUCCCAAACCCAGAAAGCGUGCAGCAGCUGCACCCUCUUCAACUGUAGCAACUAAAUAAAUACUUGGGAGGAAGUAA